AUGGUUACUGAUGACGACGAUGUUUUGUUUGUUUUCAAUACGUACGAAGAGUUUCAACAAGAACGAGAGAAAUUAAAUUAUGAAAAUACACUUCGAAUAUGGUAUUCUCUGCCAUCGGGUUUGCCCAAUAUUGAUAACGAACGAAUCAAGAGAUAUACAUCUUUACAACAACGUAAACGAAUGGGAAAAGUCUCAGCUUUUGCUAUCUACUGUAUUUUAUUCAAGAAAACCUCUCUCAGAAAGAAAAUAUCUGCUAAAGGUGCUCGCAUCUGGCAUGAGACAUUAAAUCUUGAUUCACUGGCAGAUAAAUCGCUAUUUGAAUUUUAUGAAGCACUUGCUCGUGUCACGUCGAAAUUUGUCGAUAAAGCUGAACGUUAUGAUUCGAAAAUCGUUUACGAUGAACUUUUCAAAGCGAGUCGUUUAGUUUGGUGGAUGGCUGCCUUUCAACUGCAACUAAGCCUACCAUUGGAUUUUACUGACUCAAUGUUCGGUUACAACAUGCUCUAUCCUUAUACGGAUGACUUGGUCGAUUCGAAUGAUAUACCGCGAGAAGCAAAAAAAGAUUUUGCUGAUGCAUUUCAUCAACGUUUACUCUUUGGCGAAUCGAACUAUGAUCCAAAGUCACAUUUCAAUGGUCAACAAUCGAACGCUGACGAACUAGAUUUACCACCAUCGUUGAAACCCUAUGCUGAUCGUAUUGUGAAGAUAUUCGACAUGGUGAAAUUUAUUGAAAAUGAUUGGACGCGUGACGAGGAACACAGUGGAGUCUAUAUGAGCUUAGCGACUAUUCACGAUUGUCAAAUGAAAUCAACGUUGCAACAUGCCCGACCCAAAGAUGGUUAUGCACCAAAAAUGGCACUUAUUGAAGAGAUUAGUGCGCAAAAAGGUGGUGCAUCGAUAAUUGCUGCCGGUUUUCUCAUCGAAGGAAAAUUGACACGAGCACAAAUGGCGUAUUUAGAAUAUGUUGGUUUUGGUCUUCAACUACUCGAUGAUUUGCAGGACGUCGAAGAAGAUAUGAAGAAUAAUCAUCGAACAAUAUUUACUCAAUCGAUUGCUGACGGACAAACAUUGGAUGCUCCUACAGCUCGUCUAAUACAAUUUUUAUACAGCAAAGAAGUUAAUACCAAAUUUUUGGACAGUUAUCAUCCGAUAUCAGAUAAAAGAAAUGAACUGGAAAUCUUUCGUUAUAUUCACGAUUCCAUGACUGUGUUUGGUAUAAUUCUCAUCUUAGAAGCUGCUGGUCGUCUAAAACGAUAUUAUUCGAAAGAAUUCUAUCGUGACUUGUCCAAGCGUGCGCCAGUAACAUUUCGAAGUUUAAAAAAAGCACACAUUGAAAAACGUAUGUGGUCGGUAUUCCGACGAAAUUGGUUUUAG